AUGACGUUGACUCGAGACAAUUCCUUUGUAUCGAAUGCAUCAAAUGUAAGUUUAAUGCCAGUUAUGGUCGAUUAUUCCGUUUCGCAAAUAACUCCAUAUAUAUUUGUUACUGCGGAAGAAACAGCUCGGCAAUUUACUACGGUAUUUUCUAAUGGCAUCGGUUGUGUUAUCAAUGUAGCAGAUGAACUUCCUCAGAUUAUAUUUCCUCCUCAAAGUGGCAUCGAAUCGUUGAAAUUUCCUAUUCUGGACUUGCCAACAUUUCCAGCUAAUCAAUACUUUGAUGUUGUUGCCGAUCGUAUUGCUGCAAAUACAGCAGCAAAUCGACGAACACUUCUCUACUGUCAUCAUGGACGUUCACGAUCGAUCACAUUUAUCUUAGCGUAUUUAAUUAAACAUUAUCGUUUAUCAUUAUCGGAUGCAUAUACUUUGGUGAAGCAGAGACGACAGAUAGCUUUGCCUAAUGUUGGCUUCUGGUCACAAUUGAGAAACUAUGAACUAUAUCAGCAACAACAACGAAUGACUCCUUUGCCAGUGAUGAGAUCUGCUGUGGAACCAAUGACAUAUGGUCAACAUAUGCUCAUUAAACUUUCGGAUGGUGUUCAACGUGUUUUAGGUCAAGAUCCAUAUUCAUCAGCGUUUGCGUCGUCACAGGCACUCACAGCACCAGCGAUUGUAUAUAGAAAACCUCAUUAUCACCAUAUACGACGAAAUCCAGUGCCUCACGUAUCUUUGUAUCAUCACCGUUCACCCCAUGGUGCAUAUCAUAGACAAAGAGCGUAA